AUGUCUCAGACUAAUAGCACAUCUUUACCUGCAGCAUUUGACUUUUAUUCUUCUGAAAUCAAGCAAGAGAACAACAUGCAUUAUGCUUCUUCUUAUGAUUACUAUACACCUUACUCAUACAUGCCUUUUAAGCAACAAAUUACCUCUGUGGUUUCCCCACCAUUGACGCCUGCUGUUUCCCCACUCACUCCAAUGUUAAUGGAUUCAGUAAGCGAUCACUUUAACCACAGCAAUCGACACCACCAAGAUUACAAUCAGUCAUAUGCACCUUAUAAAGAAGCAUCACACUCAGCAUUUACCCACCACAACGGCAGUAGUGACAGCAGUGUUGCAAGUAGCACAAUCAAUUCACCCCUUACACACACGCAGCAUAAACAUGUUUGCCACUUUCAUUAUUGUGGAUGGAGUUUCAAACGAUAUGAACAUCUGAAACGGCACAUGCUGGUUCAUACCGGAGAACGACCCUAUUCAUGCCAUUUCCCAGGUUGCGGGAAGAGCUUCAGUCGAUCAGAUAAUUAUCAUGCCCAUUAUCGUACACACACCAAAAAGAAACUAUCAAAGAAGCGUGGCACUAAAGCUAGUGUAACAACGGACAAGAAUUGUCAUCGCAAUAGUGCGUUCUCAUCAUUGGUUGAUAAGCGAACAUCUCAGCAGAACUCUAUUAUUCCAAGCCAUUGUACCGCUAGUAAUGUUGCAGCUAAUGCGGCAGCAGCAGUUGCUGUAUCUCAACAAUUCGAGCCAAAUUAUAGUGGGGUUUACUAUCAUACGCAAUCUAUGAUGAAUAACUUUUACCCCACUGCGUUUCAGAACAUGUCACCCAUCUCCUCGCCAACGCCUGCUACCACCACCACACCUGCUCCUUCUUCUCCAGCAACAGCCAAUGAUGCCAAAUCCCACAUCUGUCCAAUCGCCCAAUGUCAGGGUCGGUUCAAGCGAUUAGAACAUUUGAAAAGACACAUGCGUAUCCAUACUUUGGAGAGACCAUUCAGUUGCAGCUAUCCUGGUUGUCAAAAAUCCUUUUCUCGAUCUGAUAAUCUGUCUCAGCAUGCAAAAACACAUGUCAAAUCAUCAGACAAGAGAAGAAGGAAAUGA